AUGGGUUCAUUCAUUCUAUAUGAGAGUUGUUUUAUAGGAAUUUUAUACGCGAUAGUAAAUAAUAUACAGAUAUCAGAUUCUAUUCAUAGUAUACUAUACCACACAUAUUCCAUAUAUACUUCCAAGUAUAUUUUGGGAGGUUGCACGGGCCGAGGCCGAGAGUGUGACUACACACUUUGCACUUCCUGUGGCACUUCGUGUGGCACCCGAGAACCCGAUCGCCCGGCUCCGGAGGCACAACUGGUCAGAGGCCAGGAUCCGAGCCGAGAGAUCCGAGAGAGGCCAGAAAUUACUUCGGUUCUCGCAGGUGCUCCAGCACAACUUUCAUCCUGCACCAAUUCAUCCAAUUCGUGCCCGCAGAAGCACAAGUUGAUGGAUAUCGUUUGUGAAGAAGGGGUUGAGUAUGCUUGCGAUGGUUGCAGGAAAGAUAUCAGGUGCGGUGAGAUUUUGUACAACUGUGAGCCCUGCGACUAUUGCCUUUGUGAUGCUUGCGUAGCUCCAGAAGCUCCAGAAGCAGCGGAGGACUUCCCCAAAGCUGCAUGGGAUGAGAAUCUCCAAGCUCUGCGAGAGAAACUCCUGCAGCAGAGGAGUCGCUUAAGAUUGGACGACCCGAUGCUUGGACGACCCUCCGUCGCGCUUUUGAGUGCAUGUCAGCAGCGAUGCUCACGACUGUCAGGCCCUUUGCUGUUUGCUGGAAGUGGCUCGCUGCAGAGCAUUGUCACCACCUGUUUGGGUGCACAAAAUCUCAGUGCGUUGGCAGCGAUGUUACAAUUGAGCGCCAUGUUUCCGGUGCCGGAGCUGUCACAGGAAGAUCUCGCGAAGGCCUUGCUGGAAGCAUUGCUGCGAUACCCAGGCCUGUCUGAGUUCCAGACGCUCUGUGAUGCUUUGUUGGACUUUGUUUGUCUCUUGGGCUUCACUCAUUUCGUGGCUGUGGGCGUUACCCACAGCUUCCCCGAGCCGCAGCUAGCCGCGGCAGGUGAAGGUGCGCAAGAUGCGCAAGGUCUUUCUUUUAAGCCGGAGGAGACCGAAGCUGCAGCCCGCGCACGGCGAGUGCGAGAGCAGCAGCAGAAGAUGUCCACCAAAAAAUGGGACUACACUGGUGGCUACCGCCCUGCAGAGGGUGCCGAAACCAAUGAACAGGCAACCUUGCGCUUGCUGAAAGAAUCUGGGAUCAACUUGCCUGCCAGAUCUAGAGAUGCAGGUUUUCUCGGAGCUUUUCAUCCCAGCUGUGCGGCCGAAGUGCCGCGGGAAGCGCGGGGGCCCAAAGGUGGACCCAAAGGCGGAGUCGGUGGACCGAGAAACUUCAAGAAAGAUCUUUGCAUCGACUUCGAGAAGGGCUACUGUUCCAGAAACACCAGCUGCACCUUCGCGCAUGGUGUGGAAGAGCAAAAGGCGGCCAGGGAACUCUAUGAAAAUCAAAAGAAAGGACACAGUGGCAAAGAGCUCCCAAAGCGAUACAAAAGAGACCUGUGCUAUUACUUCGAGAGAAACGGCACCUGUGUGAAAGGUGAUGACUGUACCUAUGCUCAUGGCCAGGAAGAGCAGUUUCGCGCUGAUGCCAAGGAAUUGGUGCAGCAGGAGGAGAGUGGUGUGACGGUUCACCAGGGGCCUUCAUGGGAGGUUGGUCCUAGUGCCCUUGGCAGCCUUGGCAGGCCGACGCGCAAGGUGAUUUGA